AUGCUCAAGAAGACAGGUGUAUCCGAUCCAGAGUGUGACAAUAUUAGUGGACGAACAUUUGUCGCUGCUGCUAUCAAAAACUUAUUUUCGGAGAAUAGUGUGUUGCCUGACCUUGUUGUGCAUCGAGGACUUGAGCCAGUUAAUGAAUACAAUAAUCCUGAUCUCAUACCAGGCAUGUAUCCUACUCUUUUUCCGUUUGGAAUUGGAGGUUUCGAAGAUAAAUCUUGGCCUGUGAGCAUUUCGUUCCAGCAGCAAGCUCAGUAUUAUUUGAAUAUUGUCGAUCGAUCUUUUUGUUACCAUCACUCCUUUAUGUUUGUUGUGUUGAACAUGAUACAACGUCACACAGCACAUCUCCAAACAUCCUUUACGGUUCGUCGUUCACACUUCCAUCAUGUAGCUCAGAACCUCACUCAGAUCUCACCCACAAUUCUGGACAGUCUUGCGACAAAGCUCGAGCGUGAGCAUAAGUUCUCUGAUCUCGCACCUGCUGAAAAAAAUGCACUCAAUCUUUUGAAGCAUGUAAACACAAUCGCGGCUCGCAUCCCAGGCUCUCAAGCCUCAAAGAUAUAUGUCCAUAAUGAGAUUCGUAGUUAUUUCAGCUACUUUGGUUUGCCUCAUCUGUUUUUCACAUUUAACCCGAGCCCUGCUCAUAGUCCAAUCUUUCAGGUGAUGUAUGGUGACAGUACUGUUGACUUGUCCCAAAGAUUCCCUCAGCUUGUUUCUGGAUGUGAACGUGCAAUUCGUCUUGCUCAUGACCCUGUAGCGGCAGCAGAUUUCUAUGAAUUCUCAUUCGAGUGUUGUUUUGAAUAUCUUCUUGGCUGGAAUUUUCGGAUGCAUUCUUCUUCGCCUAGUGGUGGUCUCCUUGGACGGGUGCGUGCAUUUUAUGGUUCAUCUGAG